AUGCCCUCCUCUGCUUUGACCACCCAAAUAAAUCAUUCCCCUCUGUCCUUACCAAUAUACAGUCUGUUUACAUCACCCAUUUUACUGAAGCCCCCAUUUAUGCCCUGUUCUUUUCAACUUUACUCACCUUGCAUUCUAACCAUCUCACACACCCUUUUUGCUCUAUUCAAAUCCCUUCCCUGCAUCUCUUCAUCCAUCUUGUUUAUUCCCAGCCUUGAUUUCAAUUUCCUUUCUUCAAUUUUCUUCUUUCUCUGUCUUUCUUUAGUUUACUUCAAACCUCAGUCCUUAGCCUCUCUCUUUCACCCAGUCGAUGCCCAACCUCUCUCUACCUUUGCACCUCCUUUAGCCAUUCUAUUCUUUGCCCUCCUGUCUGUUUACUCUACAUUUCUACCCACCCUGACACCCUCCUCUUUCUUAUUCUUCACCUUGACUUUCUCUGAAGCACUCUGCCCCACAGUUCACUCAUCUACCCAGACACCCUCUUUAAUCCUUCAAGUUUGGGUGGGGGUAUGUCCCUACCCUAUUUGUGCUUUGGGCUUGACUCAGCCUCCCAGCAUCCCUCAGACUUACCCACCACCUUUGUCCACCUGA